AUGGUUGUAACCAAUGCAUUCUUUCAUGGUGAUCUGGAUGAGGAUGUUUAUAUGUCUCUCCUCAAGGGUACACUGGUCAUGGUAGCAAAAUUUUGGUUGAUUUCCAAGGCAAUGCUCCUGUCAAGAACUCUCAACUUGUUUGCAAACUCAACAAGUCUUUGUAUGGGCGUAAACAAGCCCCAAGACAAUGGUUUGUCAAACUCUCUUCUUCUCUUGUCUCCUUUGGCUAUACACAGUCAAAAUCUGAUUACAGAAAUUAUAACUCUGAAAACACUCUUGUCUUCUCACUUUCACAUGAAAGAUCUUGGUCCCUUGAGAUACUUUCUUGGCUUAGAAAUUGAUCACACAAAUCAAGGGAUUUUUAUUUCUCAAAAGAAAUACAUAACAGAUGUGCUGAGAGAUGAAGGUUUGCUUCAUGCCAAACCUCUGAAGCUUCCCAUUAAUACUCACUUGAAGCUGGCACCUGAUAAAGGCAAACCUUUACCAAAUCCUUUAAUUUAUCAUAAAUUACUAGGGAAACUGAUCUAUCUGACCAUCACUAGGCCUGAUAUAUCAUUUAAUGUGCAAUUGUUGAGUCAGUUCAUGCAUUUCCCUACAUAUACUCAUUUGCAGGCUGUAAAAAGACUACUGAGAUAUUUGGCUGGCUCAACCUCUCAAGGAAUACUUCUUGCUUCUUCUUCUGCAGCACAGUUAACUGCUUAA